AGAAAGAGAGAGAGAGAUGCGUAAAACACUUGCUGCUAUAGUAUAAGGGCGGUACAGUUGCCAGUGCCUAUUUGCACGCAUCAGCCAGUGAAGACGGAUAUAAAUAGCAGGCUAACGGUUAAUUAGUUAGGUAAGGAAUUCGAGAGGGGCCUGGCUGUGAGAAUUUGAUACACGGACAGGUAACUCAAGCAUUGCUGAUUCUCGGUGUAUCCAGUCCAUAUAUAAGUCCUCAUCGGCUGACAUCAGUCACCACAAAGCCUUACAUCCUCUGCUUUGGACACCGGCAAGGCGAGACAAUCAAAGCGGAUUAAUAUGUCACUCACUUCUAUCCUUUCCGCGGAGGAUAUUGAGAAUGCCGUUAAGGAGUUCCAAGCCCCAGACUCCUUCAGCUUCAAGAAGUUUUUCCAGCUGUGUGGCCUGACCUCCAAGUCUCCCAAAGAAGUCAAAGAUGUCUUCCAGAUCCUUGACGACGACAACAGUGGCUACAUCGAGGAGUCAGAGCUCAAGUUCUUCCUGCAACGGUUUGUUCCCGGGGCGCGGACACUGACAGACGCUGAGUGCAAAGGCUUCCUGUCUGCGGCUGAUGAUGACAACGACGGCAAGAUCGGAGUAGAAGAAUUCCUGAUCAUGGUCCAGUCCUGAGAGAUCCAUGGGCGCAGAGAGAGCAGCAGGUGUUCGUUCUCCUCUCCUUCCUCCAGCUUCCAGCCUCCAGUCUACUUCCUCAAGCCUACAGCAGCCUCCAUUCCUGGAAAUUUGAUUUUCUCUGUCCUGCUUGAAUUGUACCCUUCAAGUUUGAUUUUUGUCAGAGCCCCUCUCGAUUCAAUUACAUUUUGAAUCCAUGAGACCAUUUUUUUUGCCUUUGAUUAAGUUCUAGAAGGUUGUAUAGCUGUGUCGCUCCAUGUUUCCUUCCAAUGCACACCACAUUGUCUAUCAAAGAAAUGAAUAAACACAUUGUAACUUA